AUGGAAAAGUAUACGACGUAUCGGGAUAAAGGCACUGGAAUAUCACCAUUCCUGCCUUUAAAUAAGCCUAAGGUAAACAUCUUUCUGAGAUUGGUGGGUGUUGUACUUGGAGUCUUGAAGCUUUUGGUCCUCUUAAUUGUGGGCCUGCUUUACCCUGUGGUUCCUUUGCUAUCCACCAAGGCAGUGUUGUUCCUGUUGAAUGUUGAUGUUGAUGUUUCUGUUGAUAACAUAAAAAAGGCAAAUAAACCGUUAAUUCAGUUGAACUUGCCUCAAAAGGGAGAUUUCGUCAUUUCAAAUUAUCAAUCUCCUCUGGAUCCAUUGGUACUGUCAUUGAUCACCAAUAACCGACUGAAAAAUAUUGUCUGGCUGAUACCAGACAUAGAAGGUAACCUCUACGAAUACUCACUAUUUGGAGUUGUAGUGCAUGCACUAUCUUCUCCUAAUUUGCAUGCUCAGAAGAAUGGUAAGAAGAUCCAAUUAUCGUCCAUUUCUGAAUCAAAAACAGUGUUUCUGUUCCCUGAAGGAACCACAUCAAACAAUAAGUCUAUUUUACCAUUUCUAGUCACUACAGACACUGUGUCAGUUCCAAAACUUUUCAAGAAGUUCAAGGUGAAGGCAUUGUCCAUCAAGAAUGAGAAUCCAUACACUACAACUCCGAUACCCCAAGCCCUCGCAUCAUAUCUUCUAACUAAUUUAUUCACAAGAAACUCCUCCCAUUACAGACUCAAGGAGUUCAUUCUUGACAAAGACCAUACGUGGCCCGAAAUACGAGAUCUUCUCUCCAAUUCGGGUAGACUAAAGCUAGUUGGUAAAGACCUUUCAUUGGAAAAGAAGGUUGAGUUCAUUGAGAAGUUCCGAUAG